AUGGGUGUUCUGAGUGAAGCAGAGAGCUGGGGUGCCUGGAGAAUUCUAGAAGAAAGUUAUUCUAUAGUCAAACCAAUAGAUAAAUCACCUGGAAAUCGCCUUAAAAAUGGUUCUUGGGAUGGAUUUAUCAAGAAACUUGUAAAUCAGGAAGCAGAUAUGACUUACAUCUCUUUUUCUGUUAAUUCUGAGCGUUUCUCUGUAAUUGAUUUUUCUUCUCCCCUAAGUCUUCAAACUAUAAACUUUGUGACAAGGUCUCCGAGAAAAACAAUGAAUUGGAGUUCUAUCAUAAAACCAUUUUCUAAAGAGGUGUGGAUCAUUCUAGUAUUAAUUCUGCUUAUGUUGGGAUUCGUUUUGCACAAAGUCAUUGAAAAAGAUUUCAGAGCUGAAAAAAUAAAAGUCAAUUGGACAAGAAGACAAGUCUUCUGGAAUCUGUUUUGCACUUUAAUAUAUCAAGCAAUUCCGUUGCAUCUGUUAAGAAGAUUCCCAUCAAGAUUUUUAAUUGGAAUCUGGUUACUAUUGACUCUAGUUUUGAUAUCCAGUUACAUCGGUACUAUAAUGUCUUUUAUGUGUUCUCCUCUGAUAGAAGAUGUACCUAGAAAUAUUAAUGAGUUAGCUGUUGCAAUUACUAAUGGUGACUAUAAUUGUGGAAUAUUAGGUAAAUACAAUCUAUGGCAAAUAAUGCAGCUAUUAUGA